AUGGCUAUAAUCUAUGGUCAACAUCAAAAGCUUAGAGUGCUUUUCUCAAGACUUAUGCAUCUCUCUGAGCCUAUAGUUCGGUGGCUCAAAGAGCCUGGUGAAGGACUGCUAUACGAAUUGAUUCAGCUCCUUACAGAUAUGUCGUGUCUUGCUGCUGCUGUCGAUAGCGCCGACGUAAAUGAAUCUCUUGAUCAUCAAGCCCGUCAAUUGCUGCUACAUGAUUGCCUGGUAUUGGAAAUGCGUCAUCUGCAAUUCUAUGCCAAGAUCAGUGGAAAUGGCGAAGAUCCUCCUACAUAUAUGUCUGGAGAAAUAAAAACAGGACUUCCUGCCACAGAUGAGCUAUUUGGUCCCGCCUACAGAUUCCUUUCAGUUGGCGAAGCUAACUUGCAUAUGAUUCUUUGGACUUCCCUGUCUCUUCUAUAUCCAAUUAUCUUCCAGGCUUAUGCUGUAACAGAGAGUCGGACUGAUGACAUCCCAGAGCUUCUGCGCAUUGACGAUCAAUCUCCCCAGAAUUCAGAUGUCUUCCGUACUGUGCGCAAGAGGGAAUGA